GAAGGACUCAAAUAGACGCAGCACAGUAGCUGGUGCCCGUGGUUCAUCCAUUUUACUGGAUCCCGGUGUCAAAGUUAAUCCCGAGAAGAAUGAAAUUCUUUGGUCGUUCACCUCCAGCCACAAAAGUCCUCUCACCAUUUUGCAUUACAUCCCAAGUUUCCAGAAGUGGGCAGAACCCAGUGAACAGUUCAACUCCCGGCUACAGUUUAUUCAGUUCAAUGGCUCUCUGAUGGUGAACAGAUUACAAGCCGGUGAUCAAGGAGAUUACAGCUUCACGAUGGAUAGCCGACUGUUGAAAGUAAUAAGCGUGCUCGUCUUUGAGAAGCUGUCCAAACUAUCCAUCCGGAACAACGGCAGCUCUCUGCAUUCCACCAUCCAGCUCAACUGUACUGUUGACGGAGAUUCUCUGAGCUACCAAUGGCGGAAAGACGGAAGGGAGCUUUCCCAGGAUCAGUUGCUGGACGGUAACAAAAGCCUUGUUAUCCCGAGCGCUUCCAGAAGUGACUGUGGAACUUACACCUGUGAUGUCACCAACCCCGUCAGCUCUGUCCAGGCAAACUACUCGCUAACUAUUCACGGUCUUCCUCUGGUGGAGACUAGCAUUGUGGUCACAUCAAUUAUCGGAAUAGUAUUCUCCGUUGUGUCAUUUUUUGGUCUGCUGCUCCUGUGUUUCUUUAGGAGGGAAAAGGAAAGAGGUUCACUGAGGCAGUUCAAAUACUUGUUUUUGCUCCUAUUUAUCUGUAACACACUGUCUCUUCUUGUUAUUUCCAUUGCCCUCAUUUCCUGGAUUGCAAUAAAAGGAGCUGCCUCUGCAUCUGUGGUUACCCUGUUCAUUGUGGUUGCCCUGCUGCCUUUGAAUGUGUGCCUGACCAUCACCAUUUGGAAUCAGGGCUGCCAGUGUAUCGGAAAGUUCUUAGACUGCACAGGUUUACGCGCUUCGAUUGACUUCUGUGGCGUCAUGAGUUCCGUCAUUGUGAUCGCCAUUUCCAUUGUCAUCCUCACUGAGGAGAUUCAGCAAAGCAAUCAAGGCUGUCAUGUGUCAUAUCUAACCUGGAGCACGGUGGCCCCAUUGAUCAUAGUUGCUGCGAUAAUCUUCUUUUCAUUUUUAAUAGUAUGGAAGAGAGGUAGCAGUUCAAGCAGUGAAUGAAACAAUGAAGGAACACCACAGGACCCUACGCUCUCUGGUUUCCUGAACAGGCGUGAAGAGAUUGUUACAAUACAUUGCGGAGAGGAACCCAGCAUGUUAAGCUUCAUUGGUGGAACUGAAUAAAAACACAAUUUAUUUCCAGCAUCUGCAGAUUCACUCGUGUUGGUGGAACUGGUGAUAUUUUGGGUUAUUUGACAGCACUGCCCCGCCAGAGCCAAGAUACUUGAAAUUAGAUGUGCACAUUAUUUUGCAUCUCCUUCUCCAUGGAUUGUCACCUUGUCGUGGUGGAGAAGCUUGUGUGGUCCUGAGAUCCCGAGAGCGAUGCCGUCUGGAGCUAUGCUCCUGGUAGGGUCACCCAUGGCGGUAAGGUCAAGUGUGAGGUCCCUGACAAAGAGCAAUCCAACCAAGACCUCAAUGGUGGAACAGGUGGGCGAAGCUACUUUGAACUCAACGGCUAUGAAGACGGAUGAAGGCUACAAUUAAUCCAUCAGCUCCAGUCGUCAUGGUUUCCACGCCAUUGGAAUCAGUUGGUUAAUUUGUGAAGUAUUGUGUGCUUCUUGCAGUGCAACAUCAAGCACACAUUAAACAAAUACACGCACAGGCGUCUUCGCUCAUCAUCCUUGACCUCGAGGGAUAGCCACGACGAUAAUGACGAUCUCCUGCACAUUUACAGCUGAGAAUACUUACUGCAGCUAUGGUUAGUGUGACACUAUUGCAGUGGCAGUGAAUCGGGUUCAAUUCCCAUCACUAAGGUGCCUGUACAGACUCCCCAUGAUGCAUGGGUUUCCUCCAGUGCUUUCGUUUCUCCCCACUUCCCAAGGAUACUUGGGUUGGUAGGAUAAUUGGUCCCAUGAAGGUAUACGGCUCAUUGGGAAGAUGGCAGGCUCUUUGCACCAUUAAGAACUUUACGUACUGCAGGUCUAUCCCAUUAGUGAGCUGCUCAUCAGUGAAGCAGCUGGCCCUGCUGCAGUUCGUGUCACUGCCUGCUACAGGAAGCAUUCAGAGUUGGUGUGCAAAAGACAUUGGCUGUCUAGUCGUGAAGGAUUGUCUUAGGUGAUUCUUUUGCAGUCACAAAAUUGGUUACAUAAAUUGCUGCAAGCCUGCUUUCCUUGUGCAUUGGUGGGGGUGGAGGUGGGCUUGGGUGGAGGGAGAUGUGUACUAUAUAUGCCUUGAACUAUAUAUUGCUGUCCGUACUGUUUGUUGCAACUUGGCCCCAGAAGAAAGCUGUUUCAUUUGGGUACUCAGGUAUGGUUAAAUGAUAAACUUGAAGUUGAAUAUUAAGUGCCUCUUACUGUGCUUUUCCCUAACAUUGUACAUUGAUGUAUCUAAUAUGAAUUAUUUUAUUUUAGAGUGUGUCUGCUAUCAUGAGUCAAAGCAUCACAGUAUUACUAAGUAAGAACAGCUGAGUUUAACUGGAAUUUAGAUAAUGUUAUGUUUUACACUAUUGUUAUCAAUGCCAAAUGUGAGAUGUUAUUUUUGGUCAGUCAUUUAUGUUUACCAUUACACAAAUGUUUUCCUGUUAGAAGUUUUAAUUACUAUCCUGCCAAAAGUUUGGGACAUCUGCAAUCCUGGUGGUGUCAGAACCUCUUCCGUGAAUGGGAAUUUUAUUUGAAAACUGAAGUGGGAGAGAAGCAGAUAUUCAGUGCAAAAAAAGGUAAUUAAGAUAAGGAAAUCGUGAUUGGAUCAUAAAGACAAGAGAAAACAGUAAACAAUUCUGAUAUGUCUGUCCUUGGUCUCUUCCACUACCAUGAUGAGGCCUAACUCAGGAUGGAGAAGCAACACAUUCAGUCUAGGUAACCUCCAGUCUGAUGGCACGAACAUCGAUUCCUCCAUCGUUCAGUCAUUGCUCCCCCCAACCUUCACUCUUUUUCCAUUCCCCAUUCUGAUUACCCUCUCAGCCCCAACUCCACACCUGUCAAUCACCUCCCCCUGGUUCUCCUCCUCCUUUCCCCUCUCCAUGGUCCACCCAUCACUUCUCACCUUCUCUCUUUGUUCACGCUCCCCCACCCACCUUCUCUCUCACCUAAUCAACUGCCAGCUCGUACUCCAUUCACUCCUCACUGGAGGAGAAGCACAUUCAUAACACUGAAUUCCAUUAAAUUUCUCCCACCACUUUGCCAGAAAAUUCCAAGCCAAUAAUUGUUCCCACAUCAAAACUAGCUUUGUGGAACACUCCACUAGACAUACCUGAUGUCAAUGGUUCAAUGGUUCCAUUUAAUAUCAGAGAAUGUGUACAGUAUACAACCUUAAAUUCUUUCUCUUCGCAGACGUCCACAAAAUGGCAGGAAAAAAAUGCAAAAAAUGAAACGACAGAAAAUCGUUACAGCCCAAAUCCCCCAUUUCCUCUUCCCACACACAAGCAGCAGCAAAGCAUCAACCAUCCCCUGAAAUAAAAGCAGAGAUUUGUAAAAUCUCCCAACUUAUUCUGAAGUCAGUCAGAAUUAUAUUCAAGCCACAUUGGGUCAUAUUUUACUGAUGAUGUGUUGAACAGGUUUUUGAAUGUUUGAACACCCCCGAUUGGUUCCUCCACUUAUAUACAAACAAAAUUAAGUGUCAUUAAGUCAGUUGAUAGAGCUGGGUUACAUCGUGACUCAACUACAUUACCCCUCAGUAAGGCUUAUCAACACUUCUGCUUUCUAAUUCACCUCUCCAGACUCCCAUGCCUUCUUUAUAUCCUCUUGUCACACUCCUGUGCCUAGAAACACAGUCAAUCUAGGUAUAAUAUGCCAGCUUGUGUAUUUAUAUUUAUUGUGUGUUUUUAUUAUUGUGUUCUGUACCUUAUUGAUUUUUGUGCUGUAUUGGAUCUGGAGUAACAAUAAUUCUGUUCGCCUUAACAUUUCUGUAUUGGAAAUGACAAAACAGUCUUGAAUCUUGAAAUAUUUACACACACACACACCACCCCCACUGGUUGACCCCUCUCCCACUCCUCCAUCUGUCCAUCUCACACACACACACACACACACACACACACACACACACACCACCCCCACUGGUUCCCCUCUCCCACUCCUCCAUCUGUCCAUCUCACACACACACACACACACACACACACCCCUACCUGGAGGAACUCAGCAGGUCAGGCAACAUCUAUGGAAAGGAAUAAAGAGCAGAUACUUUUGGCUGAGACCCUUCAUCAGGACUCGAAAGAAAUAAGGGUGAAUCUAGAAUAAGAGGAGGAGAAGGAGUACAAGGUGAUAGGUAAAGCCAGGUUUGGGGGAGGAACAUGGCUGUGUGGAGAAGGGCAGGGUGUGAAGUGAAAAGCUGGGAGGUGAUAGGGGGAAAAGGUCAAGGGCUGAAGAAAAAAGGAUCUGAUAGGAGAGGAGAGUGGACAACUGGAGGAAGGGAAGGAAGAAGAGCAGAGAGAAGUGAUGGUCAGGUGUGAAGAGAAACUGUGAGAGGGAAGCCAAGAUGGGAAUGGAAGAUGAGACAAGGUGGAGGGGGGAAAUUACCAGGAAUUUGAGAAAUCAGUGUUCAUGCUGUCAGGUUGAAAGCUAUGCAGUCAGAAUAUGAAGUGUUGUUCCUCCAAACUCAGAGGCAGUGGUGGCCCUCUAACCCCAGGACAGGCAGCCUCUGGGCUUCUGACCUCUAGGCCAUGGUACCAGACUUGCACACAUUUGGGCCUUUGGCCUCCAAACUUGCUGAGCUCAGAGUCUAUAAUCAUUGUACCUCACGACUGUGUAUUCUGCUCUGGUUCCCUCCCUCAUCCCGAAAGUGGGUUGAAACCAAACACCAAGAGCCCUUUUGUCUGGCAGAAUUUUGUUGGCCCUCCAGCACAGCGAGAUGUCUGUGGAGGGAAUGCUGCAGAAGUGUGUAUUGACGGAUGCAGUGUAACUCAGCACAAACACUGAGCAGAGGCUCCAUGGGGAAAGAUUCUGCUGCCACCAGACAUUGAGGUGCUGAGUCCUGUGUAGCAGCUGUUCAUACACUUGAAGAGUGUUUUAUGUGACGUCUGUGAACAGUGGAUUUUGGAGAAAGCUGUGCCCUUGUUAUGAAGUGUAUUUUUCUAAAUGUUCUAAGUGCAGUAGUAAUUUUAUUAUACUUAUUUCAAUAUUUAUGUCAAUAUUUUUAAUAUUUAUGUCAAUAUUUUUAAUUAUGGUUUUUAGUGAGCGGUCAGCAAUGCAGAGCAGAGAAACAGGCCCUUGGGCCCAUCAACCUCAUGCUGACCUAUUUACACUAAUCCCUGUCAACUUCCCCCGGAUUCUACCACUCACUCACACACUUGUGGGCAGUUUUGUCAUAGGCCAAUUAGCCCGCUGGCCAACAUGUUCUUUGGUGGGAUGUGGGUGGAAUCAAAACACUCGAGGGGUGGGGGGGAGAAUGCGGUCACAGGGAGAGCAUGCAAACUCCACACACAGACAGCGUGUGGAGAUCGAACCCAGGUCUAUGGUGUGAGGCAGAGUGAUGAUCAGCUGCACAACUGUGCUGCCUAACUUGAAAACAUAUUUUAACUUUGUAAAUACCUGUUCCUGCAACAUGGCAUUGUUGCCUGUGGUCGUGCAAUGGUGGUGCCUGAAUACGCGGCAACAAUUGCAUGCUUCACCUAGCUCAUCUUUAGUACGUUGGUUGUUAACACAAAUAACACAUUUCACUCUAUGUUUUGAUGUACAUAUGAUAAAUACUGCAAGUUUGAAUCUGAAUCUGUGAUAGUCUGGGCUGUAUCCACCACUUUCUGUGUAGUGACAGUCAUUGCUACAUCAGUUCGGUAAAAUAAAUAUAAGCAGAUGGAGCUGAGUGCGGGAGAGUAGUGAGAGGACAGCUCCGAGGUUCGCUGAAUUAGCUUAAAUACUACACAAGAAUAGAUCCAUGAGACUGAAGAAUGAAAUUGUAGAGGUGUAUAAAGUAAUCAGGGCCAGACAUUUUGUAGGGUGGGAUACACUCAGGACAACAAACACUUUUUUAUGGUCUUAAUUCCUUUAUCUGUUUUAGAUGUUUUAAUGCAGAAAGAGGGUAUCAAAAUAAAAAGAACAAAAUGAAUUUAAAGAAAUGCACAGUUCCUGCUGUUACAAUCUCAGCUUAACUUCAGUCCACACACUUGUUUGUCAACUAGUUACGUAUGCAGUAUGAAAAUAAAUUAAACAAAAUAUACAAAAGCAAUACGGUAGUGGCAAUUCUAAAAAAAAUACAAACAACAUCAGAGUCCCACCAACCCUGUACCUUGUACACAAUGUCGAGAAUAUGAAUAAAUAUAUCUCAUCUUAAUUAAGAUGUACACUCACUUUGGCACACAGGUAUUUAAUUUCCAAACACAUAUAGGCUAGACCCUGAAACAAAUUCUCCUAGUGCAUGACACUAGGCCAAUGAGGAACUUGGCACGACCACGCUAUCCAGCACUGACACCCUUCUUGUGAAGAUCUUUCCUCACCAUAUGGGCAGUGUUCCUGGGGGGAAAAGAAGCAGCUCCCGGGACUGGAUGUCCAUCCUUCUAGAACAUUGUAACUCCUGUUUCUACUCCACAUGUAGAUAAUGAUGUCACCAUUUUCUCUUAAAAGCACAGUCAGCUAUUUUAGCUUACCGGGGUGCAUACAGAAGGGCACUUUAACAAUAAAAAUCAGUCAGAGAAAUGGUAAGCAUCCUCGAUUAUUCACUCACUUUAAAGGUACUUUUAACCUCUUUGAUUGCUUCUGAACUUGCUCUAGCCAGUAUCUGUGACACAGCUGCAGGACUUAUGGAGGCCACAUCUAGGACUGACCUUGGUUUGUGAUGUGGGUUACAGUGCUGUCCAGCAUUUACUCUUUUACUCCUGUGGGGUACCACAACAGGAGGGCCACCAACAUCUGACCCUGUAUCAUCAGUCACAGGUGCUACAGUCUCAGUUCCAGAAGGUAUGCAGUCAAGGAUGUGCUCAAGAUUCUGUACACCCUGUUCCAACACAUCAUCUAUCAAUAUCACCUCAUUCUCCAAGUCCUCAGAAACUGAAUCACGUCCCAGUACAGGGCUAGCCUGAAUUCUAGGAGUUUGUAGUCUCCUUUGAGGAGCUGCAGUGGGCUCUCCCACAAUAGGAGACAUCCUCUGAAAAUCCACUCUAUCUCACCCUUUCAAUAUUCGAUAAUUUUCAAUGACAUUUUCCCUUCUCAUUCUUCUAAACACCAGUGAGUUGAAGCCCAGACCAAUCAAACACUUUUCAUACAUUAACCCUCCGUUCACUUGGACAGAACAUGAUUUUAUAUGCGUUUACUAAUUUUUUGGGAUGUGGACAUUGCUGAACAUUCCAAUUUUCUUCCAUUGCUUGCAUAAGGUACAACAUUAAGCUUAUCACCUCAACCCCACCCUAUCAGAACUGUUCCUUUUAUCCUAUCCACCCCUUCCCCACCUUCUCUACAACUUCAACAUUAACUUCAUCACUGUUCUGACCGAAGUUCUCCACUCUGAAAUAUUCUGUUUCUCUUUCAGAAAUAUCACCCACCCUGCUAAAUGUUCCCACUUUUUUUUAUAUUUGCACCAUCUGUGGUCCUGUUAAAAUUUCCCUCCUCCAUGUUAUUGGGGAAAUAGAAGCUCAUAAUGUUGGAGGUCAUGUUUUGGUGGUGGGGAGCAAGAGGCAACAAGUUGAAUGUCUCUGAAUGCAAGUUGAAUGCAUCUUCUCACCGACUCAACAGUGAUAAAGUUGCUCUUGUCCUCACCUACUACACCAUGAGCCUCUGCAUCCAACACAUCGUUCUCUGCAACCUCUGCCAUCUCCAAAGGGAUCCUACUACUAACAUAUCUUUAUCACCCUCUCACUUUCUGCUUUCCACAGGAAUCGCUUCCUCCAUGAUUUCCUGUGAUUCGUUUUCUUGUAGGCAUUCAGAUCAGACACAAAGAGCAUAAAGGAAUCAUUGAAAAGUUACACUCAAAGACAAACACCCAACGUGCAAAAGAUGAUAUACUGCGCAAAUACAGAAAAAACAAAACAAAUAGAUAAUAUAUUUAUUAGUUGUGAAUAGUUUUCAUCUUAUUUAAGAAAAAGUGUAAAUACACUACAAUCUGAUCAAGGAAGGUUUGCUAAGCUGAAACCUGCAUUGGAAACCUGUCAUUGGAGCAUGGGUUUGCACUUGCUGUAGCUUAAAAGAGUGAGAAAAAACUAGAUUUAAACAUGAAGACCCUGAGAUAUACUGACAGUGGGUAUGGAAAUGAUAUUUCCUCACUGAAGAUUGUAGACAGGGGUUUAGUGAUUAAAAUAAAGUGUUACCUAUUUGAAACUAGGUGAACAGUUUUUCUCUCUUCCUCAAGGCACAAUAGACAUAGUGUUUGAGUGUUUUUAUGGCAGUGGCUGGGGCUGUUUUUCUGAGCGAGGCAUUGGAAGCUUACAGGGGAUGGACAUGAAUGCAGAAAAGCCUAAAAAAAAGUGGAUAUAGCCCGUUCCAUCACAGUAACAGUCUUCUCCAACACUUACCACAUCUACAACGAGCACUGCCACAAGACAGCAACAUCCAUUAUCAAGGAUCCCUCUCCCCCAACUCUCUUCUCGUUGCUGCGAUCAGGAAGGCGGUACAGCAACCUUAUGUCCCACGCAACCAGGUUCAGGAACUAAUUAUCUUUGCACCUCUUCUGGAUCCUUUUCAAUGCCAGUUCAUCUUUUCUUAGAUAAGGGGCCCAGACUGCUAACUGCAUGGAUACUCCAAGUGCUGCCUGCCCAAAGCCUCAGCAUUACAUCCUUAUGUCACUAUUACAUCACUCAGACACCUAUCUGAGGGAACAUUGGAUUCUGUAUUUAUAUUGCACGUAUACAUGUACAUCACCCCAAGCUGACAGCAUUGCAAUAACAUUUGCAAACUAGAGAAUAUGUAAACCUCAGGGUAAAUUCAUCAAGACAUGUCAGUCACAUCCAACAUAUUUGUUUCAGACUUCACAUUGUGACUAAUUUAUUGUUGAGGACAUUUUCUGUGAAAUGGGUGACCCAGAGGUGCACUGCCCUCACUGUUCCAGUGACCCAUUUGUGAUACUAACCUCCAGCCUCCUCUAUGUGGAGUUUGCACGUUGUUCCUGUGACCAUGAGAUUGGGCCGGGUGCUCUGGUUUCCGCCCACUUCCCUGGGUGAGGGGAGGGGGUGGUAGAUGGAUAAACUGGUCACCCUAUACUGCGCCUGGUGUGUGGCUGAGGGGUGGGAUCUGUGAGAAGCUGGGAAUGUGGAGUGAAUUAAAUAAUUCUAGGAUUAGUGUUGAAUAGUCAGCAUGGACUCGAUGGGAUGAAGGGCCUGUUUCUGUGCUAUAUCUCUCCCUGACUAAUUUAUUUUUGGCUCUGGUCUGCUCUUCCUGUUUGAUCAAUCACUGUCUCCAUUUUUCUGUCUCAGUCUUUAUCUGUCUAUCUUACUCUGUCUGAAUGCAUUCAGUGGCCACUUUAUUAAGUACACUUCGUUAAUGCAAGAACCUAAUCAGCCAAUCAUGUAGCAGUAACUCAGUGCAGGAAAAACAAGCAUUCAUGAUUAAGAGGUUCAGUUGUUGAUCUGACCAAAUGUCAGAAUGGGGAAGAAAUGUGAUUAAGUGGCUUUGACUGUGGAAUUGAUUGUUGGUGCCAGAAGGAGUGGUUUGAGUAUCUCAGAAACUGCUGAUCUCUUGGGGUUUUCACACAACAGGCUCUGGAGUUUACAGAGAAUGGUGCAAAAAUAAACAAAACAAAAAAAAUCCAGUAAGCGGCAAUUCUGUUGGGGAUAACGCCUUGUUAAGGAGAGAGGUCAGAGGAGAAUGGCCAGACUGUUUCAAGCUGACAGCAAGGCAACAGUAACUCAAACAAACACAUAUUACAACAGUGGCAUGCAGAAGAGCAUCACUGAACACACAACACGUCAAACCUUGAAGUGGAUGGGCUACAGCAGCAGAAGACCAUGAACAUAGUAGAUGCUGUAACAUGAAUGGAGUUAGUGAGACAAAUCAAUAACAAAUGCAAGGAUUAAGAAGCAUAUUAUUACAUUCCAGAUAGAAAUGGCGAAAGAAAUAGACUGCAGCAGGUAAUUAAUUGCUUUUAAUUCAACAUUGUUGUUUUUUUAAUUGAUGAUCUAUCACAAAUUUAUUAGAAUGUCACUGGCUGAUUGAGUAAAUUCAGAGUACACUUUCAGGCUGUGCUAAUAGGAUAACUCAGUCAGAAACCAAAGGGAACAUUAGGUUGAUUAGCAGCUCCACCCAAUAACCCACCCUUCCACACCCCCACUACUGUUUUAUUAAUUCCUGUCAGUCACCUGCGUACAGACAUUCCUGUACCUAGCAUCACUUUAUCGACAUAUAAUCAGUGCUGUGUAUGUAAGCUAUGGGAUGUAUUUAUAAUUAUUGUGUUUUUUUAUUACAAUGUUCUCUAUCUUAUUGUUUUUCUAUUUAGUGUUGUUUAUCUUAUUGUUAUUUUAGUAAAUGUCCUUUAUCUUAGAGUGUUGCGGUGGGAUACGUCUCUACCAAAGGAGGUGUAAGGCACUCCUUCCCUCCAGUAACCUGCAGGUCACCCUUGGGCAAAGUGUAGCACCUGCUUAGCCCCCGCCCCACCCACCCCAGGGUCAUGUGAAGCCAUAGGAGCAGG